AGCAUCAGACGCCACAGAGAUGAGUCAAUGGACGCCACUAAGAAGCUGUCACUGCCUUCGGACCUGCUGCACCUUACGUGAAAAGGUGUGCUUGGUGAGCACUGCAAGGUGGCGUGUGACUCACACACUACCGCAGAAAACGCAGCAAAGGUCAACAACACUUUUUAUUGACAGGGACUGCAGAAAGCAAGCUGCGGGAUUUUUGAUCUCCAUGGCGAGCAUUUUGUUUUAUUUAUUGGGAACUAUUUGCAGCACCAAAACUUUUCUCUUGCUUUGGGCCCUCCUGUUGCUCCACGGGCCUCUCUGCGGACAGAGCAGCCCCAUCUCCAAUACGGACCGGAGGCCUCGGCCGGUUACGGGGACACGGGACGUUCUGGGAGGGGCGGCCAACCCGUCCCGUUCGGAGCAGGAGAGCAACCCGAACAGGCAGGGGGUCCUAGAGAGCUUGAAAGAGCAGUUUUUGCAGACGUUCAACAUGUCCGGCCUGGGUCCGCCUCCGCUGCCACCUGGAAGCAUACGAGAGGAGCCACCGGAGUACAUGAUGGAGCUCUACAACCGCUUCGCCAACGACCGCACUACCCAGCCCGUUGCCAGCAUCAUCCGCAGCUUCAAAAACGAGGAUUUUUCUUCAAGUGCCGUGGGUGUCGGAGGCGUAAGGCGCCACCCACUUCUCUUCAACGUGUCCGUCCCCCACCACGAGCGCAUCACGGCCGCCGAGCUCCGCCUCUAUACCCUCGUCCAGACCGACCGCCGUUUGUACGCCGGCGUGGACCGCAGGGUCACCAUCUACGAGGUGGUACCUGGCGACGGAGAUGACAACACCACUCAUGAGAACGUCCUCGUAGAGGUAGAGCUGGUGGAGUUGGCUUCGCGGCAAGUGUUCGGCACGGACGACGGCUGGGAAGCGUUUGACCUCACCUCUUCCGUCCUGCGGUGGCGUACGUCCGAGCGCGGCACCACGCAUCGAUUGGAGGUGCACAUUGACAGCGUGGCGCUUGAGGUCGAGGCUCAAGGGUUCAGGGAGGAAAACGAAAUUGAGAACACGGCAGGAAACAUGAAGAUCGACACCAGCAACAAGGAAAAGCACAAACCUCUGCUGAUUGUUUUCUCCGAUGACCAAAGCAGCGACCAUCGAGAUAACAAGCAUGAGCUGAGUGAAAUGAUUGACCACGAAGCCAACGUCAUCCUCCAAAACGACCAAGAGAACGACUUGUGGGACGGGUAUGACGCCGACGACGAGUCAGAGCCGGACGAAGCGGACCUGAUACAAAUGCGCUCCAAUCUGAUCUACGAUACAACCCCGCGUAUCCGCCGCAACGCCAAGGGCAACCAUUGCAGGAGACAACCUCUACAUGUGGAGUUCAAGGACAUCGGCUGGGACAGCUGGAUCCUGGCGCCCAGCGACUACGACGCCUACGAGUGCUCGGGGACGUGCUCGUUCCCGCUGACGAAACACGUCACGCCUACUAAACACGCCAUCGUCCAGACACUGGUGAACAUCAACAGUCCUCAGAGGGCGGCGCGGGCGUGUUGCGUGCCCACCAAGCUGGAUCCGAUCUCGCUUCUGUACCUGGACGACACAGGCGUGGUGACGUACAAGCACAAGUACGAAGGCAUGGCCGUAGCCGAGUGUGGCUGUAGAUAGUUGACGCUCUUGGAAAGAGCUGAAGUGCAUUGACCGUUGUGUCAGGUGUGGUCCGAAGGAUUCUGUACAUUGUAUUUAUUAUGAAUAAUAGUUGCCAAGUUUCCGACACAGUGGAGAUGAGGUCUCACAACUAAAAUGUUGUUCGGAACUAAACACAUUCUUCAGGGUUCUGUGGGAACUAGUGGGCCAGUGCUCCCCCCCCCCCCAUGACAUGUGUUUCCCUCCACUUAUCACUUGAUGCAAACACUAAUCAGCACUUCAGUGAAAUGACCUCCUUAAAGCAACCUGAACUCUCCAAGCCCGCCUCCUGUGGCCUCCUGAUACGUAGGCACCACGCAAGGAGUCCGACUGGCGAGGUUAUCUAUCCAAACCCGGUUUCCCACUCGGCAUGCCUCUUUUCCAACAGUCCCCCACCCCCCUUCCCCUCACGCCAAAGCUACAGUGAUAGCAAGGUGUUUGCGGCUGAGAAACAUGUAUUCCACCCAUCAGAC